AUGCCUGCUCUUUCCAUCCUCGCUCUCGCCCUCGCCCCGUUGCUGGUCAACGGCCAGCUCUCCGGUAGCGUCGGUCCGCUCACUUCGGCACACUCCAAGGCUGCGACCAAGACGUGUAACAUCCUGGACUAUGGUGCUGUGGCAGACAACACCACCGACAUUGGGUCUCCCCUCUCAGAAGCCUGGGAUGCGUGCUCGGACGGAGGUCUGAUCUAUAUUCCUCCUGGUGACUAUGCGAUGGAUACCUGGGUGUCUCUGUCAGGAGGCAAGGCGACCGCCAUCAUCUUGGACGGUACUAUUUACCGCACUGGCACCGAUGGAGGUAAUAUGAUUCUAGUGGAGAAUUCUUCCGACUUUGAGUUGUACAGUAACUCGUCCUCUGGUGCCGUCCAGGGAUUCGGAUAUGUGUACCACCGGGAGGGCGAUCUUGAUGGGCCACGGAUUUUGCGACUCCAGGAUGUGAGCAAUUUCGCGGUGCAUGAUAUCAUUCUCGUGGACGCGCCAGCCUUCCACUUCGUCAUGGACGACUGCUCCGAUGGAGAAGUGUAUAACAUGGCUAUCCGGGGUGGUAACUCGGGCGGCUUGGAUGGGAUUGAUGUGUGGGGUAGCAACAUCUGGGUUCACGACGUCGAGGUGACCAACAAGGAUGAAUGUGUCACAGUCAAGAGCCCUGCCAACAACAUCCUAGUGGAAAGCAUCUACUGCAACUGGAGUGGAGGUUGUGCGAUGGGUUCUCUCGGCGCUGACACCGAUAUCACUGAUAUUCUGUACCGCAACGUUUACACCUGGAGUUCCAACCAGAUGUACAUGAUCAAGAGCAAUGGCGGUAGUGGGACAGUCAAGAACACCCUUCUUGAGAACUUUAUUGGACACGGCAACGCCUAUUCUCUGGAUAUUGACAGCUACUGGAGCAGCAUGACAGCCGUGGAUGGCGACGGCGUGGAAUUGAGUAACAUCACAUUCAAGAACUGA